UCGUGUAACGCCAGGGAACAAGAUCGAGGGAUUUGGAGCAAGGACGACGAGCGCCACAAGGUGGCUCUGUUUCAACGUCGCGAGAGACGAAUGGCUUGCACGUUGCCCGAGAUCACCGAUCCAUCAGACCGAGUUAGCCAGCUCCUUCGCCGCGAUAAAAUGAGACCUUACGUUCUUCUCGAGGAAAAUCAAUCGUGCAGACGACUGCUCUGGAUGCCACCACAGGAGGAUCUUAUUUGUCGAAGCAUAGCUCGCGCGGUUGUUUAACGAUACUUGCGAGAGAAUAAUCCCGAGGCGUCGGGAUCGACGCGUGUGUCGAACGUAAAUGAGCGGACGUGAACCAGCGUAGUUCGCGCGGCGGCCGCGGCGCGGCGUUCCGGUGUGAGGUCUGGCAUGGAGAAAUGGGCAAAGGGACACGAUGCAGAGAAGAGAAAGGGGAACGAGCAGAGGCGAAGAAAAAGGGAGUCAGAACGACAUCAAGAAGCUGCGCAGGGAGAACGAGCAGCUGCGUAGGGAGAUAUGGAGCCUCAGGGACGAGUACGACAAGCUCGAGGAGAUAUUGAAGAGGCAGAAGAGUCACGCGGAAAGCGAAGAAUACGAGGAUCGCUCCGACGAGGAUGACGGUCUGCGAUCGGAUUACUCGUUCGAGGACGAGGACCUCAGCCAGGACGCCCAAGACGCUGUCAAGGAGACCAACAAGUCCGAGCAAUUAGAGAACGUCGAGAACCAGAAGAUAUCGACGGAAAAGAUGAACAACAACAAUCUGCACAGGCUACACGUGGACUUCGAUGACCUGUCAGUGGUCGACGAAGAGGAAGAGCCUAAAAGGGACAAGGAGAAGAAGGAACUCUCUGCGGAGGAUGUCGCAAAGGCGAAAGAGGACAAGAACCCACUUUCGAUCCUAAAGUCGAGGCAACUUCACGAGAACAUCCCCUUUUAUCCUGGUGCAUACCAGUCACCCACUUGCCUAAGUAGUCCUGCCUAUUAUACAGAGUGCCCCUUCAAGUUCCCCAGCACGCUGAACCUGAUGAUGCCUCCCGACGCGUCAGCGAUGCUUGGUUCACCGUGUCCAAGGGUAAACGCUGAUCCGAUAGUGCCUAUGCCGAGUCUAGGAGAUCCAAACUUGGACCAGAUAAACGAUCAGAUAUUGCACGCGCCUCCUAUAGGCUGGCAGAGCAACGUCAUGGUGCCUCAGAAGCAAAUGACCACGUUUAGCGCGACUGAUGCGAGUGGUUCUCCAACUAUGCAAAAUUUUCCUGGGAUUCAUCAGGACCAGGCGAAGCAACAGACAAUUGGUCGAACGACCGGCGGCUUUCCUCGUCUUCCGAGCUUUCUACAGAAAAAGAACGCUGGCCUGAAGCUGUCAAGCGAUCUGUUCAACUCGACAGCGUUUGGAAAGACGUAUCAGAAUUCGGAAAAGGCCGUGGUUGAGAACGGCUGGGGCAUGAAUGCAGAUUUUUCGAACAGAGGCACCAAGGAUCCCAGUGUCAAUGGGAAACAGACGGAAUCGGAGGAGAGUCCUGUGUUGUCGGCAAUGGAGAAACCGAAACAUUUCUUCGCACCAUUGCCUUCCAAAGCGAAGAAGCAGUCCGACGACGCGUCGCCGACGUCCAGUCACUUUGGAACCGGAAAUAGUUCCAGCAGUAGCAAAACUGGGUCCACAGUGGUCUCCAAGAAUCACUUCCCGACUCAAAAGGGGUCAGCCGACGUCUACGUGAACGGAGCAAUUCCGUACGAAGAUAAUACGCAAAGUGGCAAGAUGGAACAGAGGACGUUCCUAAGCACGGACAAUUUGCUGAUCACCGACGUCAGAAACGGCACGGGUAAUCAGCUGACAAAGUCCAUGUCCUGUCAAGACCUUCCCAGCAAGUCCCAAACUGUCUCCACGAACGGUGAAGGCAAACAGAUGCUAACUCGAAGCGACAAUACUUUGGACAACAUAGCAGACUCGAAACCGUACAAGUCGCAUCUGAACGUGACUCUAAAGACACCUCAGGCGGCAGAGGUUAGCCCCGAUACUCCAGAGAUUCCCAAGUUGCCCACGAUAGACUAUCGCCUGUUCAAGAACCCUUUUCUACGAAAUUUCGAAUCGUCUUCCAGCUACGUGAACCAGAAUAACGUAACCAGACCUCUGUCAGUUCAAGUGAACGACGACAACCUGUGCUACUACCCCUCUCAGCCUGAGGUGUCCACCUUCAACAGAGGGAUACCUUUCGCGGACCGAUACAGGCCAGCCCAGUCUGAUCAGAGCCGUCUGCUGAUCCCCUCUAACCAAUUAAUCAACGGAAAGGUGAUAUCCCCGACGAACAAGCAUCAGAUCGAGGUGACGUCCUUCGAAAGACCAAGUCCACACACUCUGAUAGGCCCGACGACUCCCUACGAGUUCAACACUAUGCGUAGGUUGAACACCAAUCCGUAUCUGCAUAGCCAGAAUCUGUACCAGAACAUGCCGUACCUGUCGAGGGGUGGCUUGUAUCCGCAGAGGGGGAUGAUGUACUACGACAGCCUGGCGCUGAAGGUGCCAGCUCAGACUCAGACCUCCAUUGACGGAGAUUCUCAUCACGAGGACGAGCACACGCUGUCUCACGAGGAGAGUGCACCGAGCACACCCAGUGGACAGCGUAGGAAGAAGUCCAUCAGAUCAGAGAAGAGUAGCACGAAAGAUCAGAAACCUCUGUCACCGGGUACUCAGAGGAGACUGAAGAAGCAGAGCAGUGUCACGUCAUCGGAGGUGGCAGAGUCUCCCGGGAAGAUACCUAGAACGAAGCCCAGGAAGCUCAGCAUCACCACCACGACCACUUCCGAGGGCCAAGAGGAUAAGAACGAAAGCAGGUCAUCCUCGUCUGGCCAGGACUCGCCGAAGAAGGAGCAAAUGAGGAGAGUGUCCCUCUACUUCAACGCCAAGAAGAGGCCUUCUCUGACCUCGGUGAGAACCGUGAGGAGCAACAGCCUGGACAUAGGCAGGGAAAAGGAAGCUAUGGCGCUGAACUCGGAAAGGGAAAGGACUAAUUCCGUUAGCAGCAGGGAGACUGGCAGCGCCAAGGCGAGGAAAGCGAGCACCAGCAGUGGAAACGUGCCUUGGUGCGCCUGCUGGGGCAACGGGUGUGUUUAGGGACUUCGUAAUUGGUUUUAUUGGUGGCUCUGGCUGGAUCUAAUUAAACGUUCGAGUUUUGUUUACUUUGCGGCCUGGUGUAUCAGCGUGUGGUCC